CACCGUCUUUUUGUAUCCGCUUUCAUGCUUGCAUCCAAGGUCAUCUGUGACAAUACUUACUCCAACCAUCCAAGGUCAUCUGUGAUGACACUUACUCCAACAAAUCCUGGAGCAGCUACUUGCUUAUCCACGCUCUUUACCGCAUCAAAUUCCAUGCAUCUGUCACUACUCUCAAUCUCGCCUAUUGAACAUGCCUUUUAUAUCAAUACCACGUACUCCAGACACCUGCCACUCUCAUUCUCCUCUUUUGUCACUGUGCAAGGGUCUUGA